UGGAAAAUUUGACAGUGAAUAAUUGUUUCAAUUUUCAAGUGUCAAUUAUUUAUUAUAAAUUUUUUUUUUAAUUUUUUCAGGUGUCAUUAAAGUGACAGCUGAUACGCAUGCGCAGAAAAUAAAAUAACUUAAGUGAGGAAAGUUGAGACAUUUAAUUUCCACGCGUGUUUCCACGUGUAGUUAAAUUGAGGUUACUCAAUUGUUUUUUUUUUUUUUUGGAGUUAAAAUAAUUAUUUUAUUAAAUAAUGGAAGAUAUAGAAGAUAAAAAUUCAGAUGACAGUCAAAGUGAAUUUUUAAAUAAAGAAGUGGAUGAUAAUGAAGAGAACAAAAAUGUUAAAAAGAAGAAAAAGAAGUCUGGUAUUGUUUAUUUAUCACAAAUACCUAAAUAUAUGAAUUGUGCGAUUUUGAAAAAUCUUUUGUCAGUACAUGGAGAAAUUGGUCGGGUUUAUUUACAAUUAGCACCUAAAGAUGAGCAAGCAAAAUCGAAGACUGUCAAAAAAGAUUCAAAAGAGAAAAAAAAUAUAAGAGCACCGCGAAUAUUCACCGAAGGCUGGGUAGAGUUUGAAAGCAAAAAAGCUGCUAAAUUUGUGGCUAAUAAUCUUAAUGGGCAGGCGAUUGGUACAAGGAAGGGUAGGCGAUUUUAUGACGUUCUUUGGAAUAUUAAAUAUUUACCCAGAUUUAAAUGGAUACACUUGAGCGAACGUUUAGCGUAUGAAAAGGCUGUUCAUAAACAACGUUUGCGUACUGAAAUAUCUCAAGCUAAACGUGAAAGCACUUUCUUCUCAUACAAUCUGGAUCGCAGCAAGAAAUUGAAGCUCAAAGAGCAGAAAGGUGAAAUUAGUAACUUUGUGGUGCCUGAAAUAAAACAACGUGAAACAGAAAUGGAGAUAGUAGAGAAAAAGAAGAAGAAUAAAAAGCAAAAUAAUGUCGAAAAUGAUCGUAAAACAUUUCUUAAAUCAAUUUUCUAGUUUAUUUAAUUUUUA